AUGAACCCCAAUCGCAUUGAGGAUCGCAAGCUUAUGCAUGUCCUUGACUGCGAAGACCUAAAACUGAUUAUUGAUCAAAAGGUGGUCAAAACGUAUGUUGAGUUCACCCCAGGAGAAGGCUCAAAACCUCAUACGGAACUCCGUUUUGUUCUUGAGAGUGGAGUCGUGCUGGAAGAGAGCGGCAAAUCCAAGACGAUACUAUCCUGCAGCAUCGGCGCAAACCCAAGCCGCUCAGACAACAGAGAGACGUCCGUUACUUUUCGCCCUCUAACAUAUAGCGACCACCAUCGACAAUGUUUCGCUUCUUUCCAAUUCGACGUAUCGCAGAGGGAUGCUUCGGUUCGUGAUUUCAUCAAGGCUCUCAGAGGGAACCUCCGAGAAGCAGAUUUAUCUGUAUUCGUUUCCUGCAAAUUUGGCCAGCCUCCGGUCACAGAGGGAUGCCGUGACAUUGUAACCCAAUGGGUUAUAAGGCUGAAUGAACAUCAUUUAAUGGGCUGGGAUGCAUCCGAACUGAAGUCAGCGUACACUCUCAGACGCGACAAUCUCUCGCUGCAGUUCCAUAUGUUCAUCGCCAAGGGAUAUGCGCCUUCAAGCGCUGAAAGAAGCACCCUCGAAAUGACUACUGAUAUUCUGAUGGUGCCAGGAUUCCUUGUAGACGAUGCUGCUCGGGUCAAAGAGUACAGAGGUAUACGGCUUCCUUACGCUUGA